GGGGAUAGAAAGGAACAGAGGCGUAGAAAGCAAGUGUAACAGCUAAAAGAGGAAAAAUAAUGCCGUAAACAAUAUGAGAGCGAGCAACCCACAUGAAUCUUAUGACUAAGGAUUUCCCUUGUCCCCGGUCCCCAUAUAUAUAUACAUACAAAAGAUGAUAACUUUUCUUCUGGGUAUCUUUAAGUGAGAGUUGAGCGAUUAGCCUCUGGUAUGAGCUAUACUUGUGAAACAGCAAAAAUGGAGUCUUGGAGAGCUUUCCUUACUGGGUUCUUAGUUUUAUGUUUGUUGAGUGUGGGAAGUGCUCAAUCAAGCUCACCGGAUUGUUCUUUUCCCGCAAUCUACAACUUCGGUGACUCGAAUUCCGACACCGGAGGUAUAUCGGCAGCAUUUCUACCUAUUCAAGCACCCUAUGGUGAGGCAUUCUUCCAUAAGCCAGCAGGAAGGGACUCCGACGGCCGUCUUAUCAUAGACUUUAUAGCUGAGCACUUAAAACUGCCAUAUUUGAGUGCUUACUUGAACUCGUUAGGAGCAAAUUACAGACAUGGUGCUAACUUUGCGACUGGUGGAUCAACCAUUAGAAAGCCGAACGAAACCAUAUAUGAGUAUGGCAUAAGCCCAUUUUACCUUGAUAUGCAGAUUUCACAGUUCGAUCAAUUCAAAGCAAGGACAAACGAUCUCUAUCAAGAAGCCAAGAAGCCCUCUGACAGAAUCAAUCUACCAAGGCCGGAGGAGUUUUCCAAGGCUCUUUAUACAUUUGAUAUUGGACAGAAUGAUCUCUCUGUUGGUUUUCGCAAAUUGAGUUUCGACCAACUCCGUGCAGCAUUGCCGGACAUCAUCAACCAGUUAGCCUCAGCAGUCCAACAUCUAUAUAACGAAGGAGGGAGGACAUUUUGGAUUCAUAACACAGGCCCAUUUGGUUGCUUGCCAGUUCAAAGAUUCUACAUUCUCAAUCCAGAACCUGGUUUGGUUGAUCAAUAUGGUUGUAUUAAGGCUCAGAAUGAAAUGGCUGUAGAGUUCAACAGGCAGCUUAAGGAAAGAAUUAUCAAACUAAGGGCAGAGCUCCCUAAGGCUGCAAUCACAUAUGUAGAUGUCUACGCAGCUAAGUAUGGACUAAUCAGCAAUGCUAAAAAGGAAGGAUUUGCCGAGCCACUAAAGGUGUGCUGUGGUUAUCAUGUGAAUUAUACCCAUGUUUGGUGUGGGACGAAAUUAAUCAUCAAUGGAAGUGAAGUGUAUGGUCCUUCUUGUAGUAACCCUUCAAGUUAUAUUAGCUGGGAUGGCGUACACUAUUCACAGGCCGCUAGUCAAUGGGUCGCUAACCAUAUACUUAAUGGUGCCUUAACUGAUCCACCAACUCCAAUUACUCAAGCAUGCCAUAGGCGUUAAGAGUUUGUAAGAUUUAGCUGUGGAAACAGGGCCCAGGAUGAGAAACACUGAGUAGUACUGGAGGAUGUUGUGUUGGAACAUUAGCAUUAGAUUUAUGAAUCUCUCUGCACCAUAUCAAAAACAAAAUCUGUGUUUGGUUACAUUGCAUUUUCAAAGAUUUAAAUUUUCAUUUGGGUUCCUUAUUUGGAAA